AGGAGAACGCCCUCUCUUCUAAGCAUCAUCUCCCUCGCCGAAGCAUCAACACCACCAACGAACUAAUCCGUCAUACACAGCUCCCACAACAAGAAGGAAUAGAAUAGAGAAGUGAGCUUGCUAGCACUAUCAAUGGGGAGGGCUCCGUGCUGCGAGAAGAUGGGGCUCAAGAGAGGCCCAUGGACGGUGGAGGAGGACAUGAUCCUGGUCUCUCACAUCGAGCAGCAUGGGCACAGCAAUUGGCGGGCGCUGCCGAAGCAGGCUGGCCUGCUGCGCUGCGGCAAGAGUUGCCGCCUCCGGUGGAUCAAUUACCUUCGCCCCGACAUCAAGCGGGGCAACUUCACUAGCGAGGAAGAAGACGCCAUCAUCCAGCUCCACACCAUGCUGGGUAACAGAUGGUCGACGAUCGCCGCGAGGCUGCCGGGGAGGACGGACAACGAGAUCAAGAAUGUCUGGCACACGCACCUCAAGAAGCGACUUGACUCGUCCGUCAAGCCACAGGGCAAAACCGGUGCGCCGAAGCGCAAACCAAAGAAGCCUGUUGCUGUGACUGCAUCCGAGAGCCAAACCGUCGAGCCGGUUUCGUCACCGGAGCAGUCCCUGUCGACGUCGUCCGCCACCAGCGACAACUCGAUGGCCACAUCGCUGGAGAUCACGGGUAGUUUCAGCUCGGAGGAGUUCGAGAUCGACGACAGCUUCUGGUCGGAGACGCUGGCAAUGACGGUGGACAGUUCCAUGGAAGCCGGCGACCCCUUCGGUGCAGACAGUGCAUCGCCGUCGUCUUGCAACGACGAGAUGGACUUCUGGGUCACACUGUUCAUGCAGGCUGGUGACUUGCAGAGCUUGUCUCAGAUUUAGGGAUGGGACUGGGUCGAUCGUUUCAUACUACGCCCACAGAAUUAGGAAAAUUUCAGUUCAUCCGCUGAGUUGACUCGGCCUGCUCAGUUUCACUUGCAUCGGCUAGGCAUAGACCCAGAGUUAAGAGAGUGAACUGUUAAUAAUUUGUUAGCUGGCGCAGCAUAUUAAAUUAAUUUAUAUGUCUACGUGAAAUUGGCUUGGAAUUAUUUAGAAGUUUAUGCGAUAUUGGGUCACUGGGAGGAUAUUCCUUUACAAAUUGCAUGUAUAGCAAUAGAUUUAUAAAUAUCAUUUAGAUAUUUCAUUUUUACAA